AUGCUCACUCUCAAUCGCCUGACUCUUGCCCUUGCUCUGAUUGGCGGCAUUCUUGCUGCCCCCGCCAAACGGACCGUUGCCUACUACAACCCCAACAACGGCGGUGGCUCCGAGGUGGACAUCGUCUCCCCAGGCUUGGGCGAGCCUCUUAACGUGAUCUCAGAUCCGCUCCUCACCUGUUCGGAUCUUCUAACCAACAACUUUCUCUCGUUUGCUCAGGACGUCGGGUUCAGCACCGAAUGCCUCGGCAUCCACCUGGGUGAUCCUCAGCAGGCCAAUCUCGGCGAUGGGAAUGGAGCUGUGGACCAGCUUGUGGAGUAUCGCGAGAACUACAACCUUGGCGGCACCUGUCUCGAAUCCCUCAUCGGUGGUAACCAUUUGCGGGGCUGGAUUCAGAAUGGUCCAAGCGCCAACUCUGGCGCUUGGUUCCUUGCUGUUUCGCAAGAGGAGAACGUUGCGGAGGGACACAAUAUCGUUCCCAACGGGUAUAAUAUCGGCCGUGAUAACCUCGUCGCCAACGCGAACGCCUGGGCCGCCGAUCAAUCCGCUUACAGCCUCACGGUGGAAUAUGUGAGCGGCCUUCUGCCGUCUGGCUCAAACGGUAUCAACCAUGGCAUCUCUCAGGAUGGCCAGGUCGCUGUUAUUACUGUGACGAAGAAUUAGUUGGAACCGAUACAAAUAUACAUAAGAUAGCCG